CUGAUGAUCCAGAAGGAAAGAAAUCUCCAGCAGAUGAUAGAGCUUUCGAGUCCGACCCUUCUGAUGAUCUAGAAGGAAAGAAAUCUCCAGCAGAUGAUAGAGCUUUGGAGUCCGACCCUUCUGAUGAUCCAGAAGGAAAGAAAUCUCCAGCAGAUGAUAGAGCUUUUGAGUUUGACCCUUCUGAUGAUCCAGAAGGAAAGAAAUCUCCAGCAGAUGAUAGGGCUUUGGAGUCUGAAACAAGGAAAUCCCAAACAGCACAAGAAAUAGGAGAAAACAGCCGUAGAAACCAUAUAUAUAUGGAUUGUUUUUCUUUGAAAUUCAGUUCAUGCUCGACAAUUUUCCUUGAAGACAGCACAGCCAGCUGCCCUGAUUUUGAAAUGACACUACACUAUGUCGCCUUGGACUUCUAUUUUCUUAUCAAGGAAAGAGACGGAAAUAUAUCUUUCAAAAUAUUUGAUGAACGUGUAUACCCAUUGGAUGACGAAAUGGAAAAAUACAUUAUGUGUGAUCCUUCACAGACAAUGAUUUAUGAAUUUAUACGUUCCCUGUUUUAUGUAAAAAUUCUAAACGUUGUUGAUGCCAUCAAAAGUAGGAUGUACAUCCGAAGACUUCUACGGUGUGCUCCUAUGUACAUUCGUCCAACCACCUGGAGGAGGAUUAUCCUCGGAGCCUUUCUUGUUGUCAUCAAGGUUGGGAGCAAUGUACCUGUGUGCAACAAGGACUUGUGCAUGCGCUUUGAGAAAACUACAGUUGACGAUCUGAAUAUGUUGGAAAUGUACUUCUUGAGGCUAAUUGAUUAUGAUACUAACAUUUCUAAAAGCGCUUAUACCAGAUACUACUUCCGUCUUCGUGACUUUAUAGUCAGGCAGGGCCUGAGUUUGCCUACUUACCUUCUUGACAGAAAAAGAGCAUGGGAUCUGCAGGCUUUAUCAAGGAUGGAACAAGACGAAGUGUUCUAUACUGGCAUGACCAGGUCUGUGAGCGUUGAUGACAUAACUAGUCUUCAGCGCGCUAAGGCCAUCCUCUCCUGAAGAAAUGAGGGGUCACGUAACAUCUGAACCCCUCACCAAAAAAGACAGGAAAAUACCACCUCUCCUGCUAAAUAACUAGAGAAGUUUGUAUUUUCAAAAGAAGAAAUACCUCGAUUCAAGUUAACUCAAAGACAACUAAGAUUGCCCUUUAUAAUAAAGAAUGGGACCUUGUCAGGGCAACAACACAGUCUUCACUCUUCUGUUCCUUUUAAUGUAAACAGUUAUAGAAACCACUUUAAAGCGAAGGCUCCUUCUGCCCACUCACAGAUGCUUGCUUAGUGUGUCGGCUGAUAGCUGUGAAUGGUGUCAGGCUUUUUUUGUUUUGUUUUCAGAUGAGUCUCUGUUGCCAGGUUAGGGGGCAGUGGUGUGAUCUCAGCUCAAUGCAAUUUCCACCUCCUGGGUCCAAGCCAUUCUCCUGCCUCAGCCUCCCUCAAUUAAAUGUUUUAUUUUAAGUAGCUGGGAUUACAGGGGCACCCGGCCUGUGUAAGGCUUUUAAAACGAUUUAAAUUUUUUAGAUUUUAAAAGAUAACUUUUUUAUUAAAAAUAUUUUUUCUUUCCCCCCAAAUUGCAGUAUUAGUAUUCAGACAUGUCAAAGGAGUUCAUGAGUAGCACAGUCUUUUCUUCCUGAGGGUCCUCCCCUUCAGGUGUCCCAGCCUGCUCGCAGCAGCCAUAGACCGGGCCUUUAUACUGAGAGAAGCUACAGGGCGCUGGAAAGCUGGGAAUACACAGGGAGACAUGAUCAGAGUUGAGAAUAGGAGGCGGGCUGUGAUGUCCUCUGUGAGGGAAUAAUUGUUAUUGUCCUGGGGCUGUUUCUAGAUAUUGUCAAAUAAAUUCAGAUGUAGGUAAGACGUGACUUUAUUCUAAAGGAGUAUUACAAUGGGGAAAUCACCAAGCAUCAGAUCUGCAAGCAUCUCAUAAAAUGCAGAAAAGGGCUGUAUUUUUUAUGGAGGAGCAAACAAGAUUAGAAGGAAGGUGGGAGGAAGAGUGGAGAAUGGCAAAAUCAGAUUCAAGCUCAGGGAAUGUGUCAGCCAGAAGUCAGCCUGUUCUUAGGAGGGGCAUAAACGGGGUUUGUAUGUUAGCUUGGACUGAAGGCAGAGCACAGUCUGGGAGCUGGGGAAAGGAGAGAAACUUAAGCAAAGUUGUGAUGGAAUUCCUGGAACCCAGGAGGCAAAGGUUGCAGUGAACCAGGAUUGCACCAGUGCAGUCCAGCGUGAGAGAGACUGUCUUAUAAGUAAAUAAAUGUUUUAUAUAAAGUCUGGUUUUAACCAA